AUGAAAAUUACCACAAAAUACGUGAUACCCUAUGCUUAUUUCAUCUUCGCCCUUUUAAUUGGAUUAAUCGAGACCCCGGAAAGGGCAAUUGCUCAACAGCCACUUUUCGAGCUCCCAGUUCAGCUAAUUGGCUUUCCAGUGAUAGUGUUAGCGGUUAGAAUGUCCACAUUUGUCAAAAGACUCGCAUAUUCCCUCAAUCCACAAACUUAUGUCGCUCGCAACCGCAGAUCUCCCGAUGCUGCCACAAGUAGUUUUUCCACGCAAGCGAUCGAUGCAACGCUCGCCGAAAAGCGAAUUAUCGCCGAAAUGGGACCCAAAGCGUGCGUUAUGGAAGAACCAUGUCGCUUGCAUGCCACCAACCAAAGAAAGUAUCGCGAGCAACCCGAUUGGACGGACAUUUUGAGAAAUUACAAAAGCCAGUCAACGGGAACGAAACAAUGGUAUUUGUUAUCAGUCUUUUUGGGUGACGUGAUCAGAGAUGUGCAAUUAUGUAAGCAACUUGCAAAGAGACUUCCUUGUGGACGGCCUGACGUAACGUUGCUGCGUGGCGAGACCUUUAACCGAUAUUAA